GGGUAGGGGAGGGCGGUCCCGGUGCGCACAAUGGCCCGAGCGGGCGGCGGAGCUGGAGCCCCACCCAGUGCGGAGCGCGCCACGGGCCGCGCGGGAGGCUGAGCGCCUCGUCCGUCAAGCGCGCCCGCGCCGGGCCAUGUACUCGGGGAACCGUAGCGGCGGCCAGGGCCACUGGGAGGGCGGCGGGGCCGCGGGCGCCGAGGGACCGGGAGCGGCGGGGACGCUCAGCCCCGCGCCUCUCUUCAGCCCGGGCACCUACGAGCGCCUGGCGCUGCUGCUCGGCUGCAUCGGGCUGCUGGGCGUCGGCAACAACCUGCUGGUGCUCGUCCUCUACUACAAGUUCCCGCGGCUCCGCACUCCCACCCACCUCUUGCUGGUCAACAUCAGCCUCAGCGACCUGCUGGUUUCCCUCUUCGGGGUCACCUUUACCUUCGUGUCCUGCCUGAGGAACGGCUGGGUCUGGGACACCGUGGGCUGCGUGUGGGACGGGUUUAGCAGCAGCCUCUUCGGCAUCGUUUCCAUCACCACCCUGACUGUGCUGGCCUAUGAACGUUACAUUCGCGUGGUCCAUGCCAGAGUGAUCAAUUUUUCCUGGGCCUGGAGGGCCAUUACCUACAUCUGGCUGUACUCACUGGCGUGGUCGGGGGCGCCUCUGCUGGGCUGGAACAGGUACAUCCUGGACGUGCAUGGACUGGGCUGCUCUGUGGACUGGAAAUCCAAGGACGCCAACGACUCCUCCUUUGUGCUUUUCUUAUUUCUUGGCUGUCUGGUGGUGCCCCUGGGAGUCACAACCCAUUGCUAUGGCCAUAUUCUGUAUUCCGUUCGAAUGCUUCGUUGUGUUGAAGAUCUUCAGACAAUUCAAGUGAUUAAGAUUUUAAGAUAUGAAAAGAAAGUGGCCAAAAUGUGCUUUUUAAUGAUAUUUAUCUUCCUUAUCUUUUGGAUGCCUUAUAUGGUGAUCUGUUUCAUGGUGGUGAAUGGUUAUGGACACCUGGUCACUCCAACAGUAUCUCUUGUCUCCUAUCUCUUUGCUAAGUCAAGCACUGUAUAUAAUCCAAUUAUUUAUAUCAUCAUGAUCAGAAAGUUCCGAAGAUCCCUUUUGCAACUGCUCUGUUUCCGACUUCUGAGAUGCCAGAGGCCUGCUAAGGACCUACCAGCCAAUGGGAGUGAAAUGCAGAUCAGACCCAUUGUGAUGUCACAAAAAGAUGGGGACAGGCCAAAGAAAAAAGUGACUUUUAAUUCUUCUUCCAUCAUUUUUAUCAUCACCAGUGAUGAAUCACUGGCAGUUGAUGACAGUGACAAGACCAGUGUGUCAAAGGUUGAUGUAAUCCAAGUUCGUCCUUUAUAGGAAGGAAUAAUGGUAAUGAAAGAUGAGGCCUUAUACUGGAAACCACUUCUGGACUUCCAUUAUGAGGACUAUUUCGGAAUCCCCACCCUAUGUAAUAUUUUGGGGGAGGAAAAAACUUUCCUCUGCCCUAAAAUUUUCUUCUACCUGGUGUAGGAAAUAAAUUGACAUGAAACAGAU